GCUUCCUGCAGCGCUCGCGACCAUUUCCGUUUCUUCUUCGGUGCUGCCUUCGGAUUCCUCUGACGUCGGGCGCUUCUGAGGCGCGACGAGUCCGGGGAGCCGCAGCCAUGACUGAGGCUGAUGUUAACCCGAAGGCCUAUCCCCUCGCAGAUGCGCACCUCACCAAGAAGCUACUGGACCUCGUUCAGCAGUCGUGCAACUACAAGCAGCUCCGGAAAGGAGCCAACGAGGCCACCAAGACCCUCAACAGGGGCAUCUCGGAGUUCAUUGUGAUGGCUGCAGACGCAGAGCCUCUGGAGAUCAUCCUGCACCUCCCAUUGCUGUGUGAAGACAAGAAUGUGCCCUACGUGUUUGUGCGCUCCAAGCAGGCGCUGGGGCGGGCCUGUGGGGUCUCCAGGCCAGUCAUCGCCUGUUCUGUCACCAUCAAAGAAGGCUCUCAGCUGAAGCAGCAGAUCCAGUCCAUCCAGCAGUCUAUUGAACGGCUCUUGGUCUAAGCCUCUGGCCUCUGCCCUGCUCUCCCUGCAACUCCACCUCCAAAGUCGUGUAUCAUAUUAUCUGUUAGUAUGUAGUCUUUUUAGUAGCUUUGUUAUAAAAUAUUGUCUAAAUCUGG